AUGCGGCCCCUCGGCAGCAUCGGGGUCGCCGAGCUGCGGGAGCCCGGGCUGCCGCUGACAGAGGACACAACUCCGUCCACCAGUGAGGACGCCCAGGCCGUGCGGGAAGAGCCGGCGGAGGCAGUGGAAACGCCGGGCCCCAGCUGGUGCUGGCUGUGCCGCUCCUCGCCGUGCGGUUCGCGCGCGCAGCCCGAGAGAGGAAGGGAAACACAUGGAGAAAAACGUGGAUGUGAAAGAGAAACAUUGAUUGAUUGCCUCCAGUAG